AGAGUGGUACUUGAAUGGAAACUACUUGAUCAUCAUUGUUAGUGCUGUUAUCGUAUUUCCUCUAACAAUCAUGAAGCAGCUUGGCUACCUCGGUUACACAAGUGGCUUCUCUCUCACCUGCAUGGUGUUCUUCCUCAUUUCUGUUAUUUACAAGAAAUUCAACAUCCCAUGUUCACUUCUUCAGCAACUAAAUAAGACAACUCCUGCUGUGAGCAAUUUCUCUGAUCACGGGACAAAUUUCACCUGUGAAGCCAAAAUGGUUACUAUCAACUCAGAGACUGCAUACACCAUCCCUAUCCUGGCGUUUGCUUUUGUCUGCCACCCAGAGGUGUUACCCAUCUACACCGAGCUACGAAA